AGCAAUACUCUAUGCCACUGAAACAACCAGAGAAGAGCCUACUUCCUUCCCAGAUUCUGGGUCUAAGUGACCUUUCAAGAGCUCCCCAUGAAAUGCCACUGUCUGGGUGCCAUGGGAAGUGGAUCAAAGAGACUUCAGCCUACAUGAGGCUGGCAAAGCAAGGAGGCCUACCUGAUGAGCAUCUGUGUGGCUUCUUUGGUUUUCCUUUGUUUUCUUUGGCUUUGCUUGAGUGCGGUAUAAAGUGCUUAAAAGUACUGGCUUUUGUUUUUUUUUCUCCUGACGUACUGAAGCACUACAUUCCUGUGGUAAUGAAGUCCCCUCCAGCCGAAUAUGCUGCACCUGACUGGUACUCACACUGUACUAAUCCCACAGGGAUUGAGAAACCACAGAGCUGUGUUUGCUCUCUACCAGAUUAUAUAGCUCAAGAGUUUAUGGCUGAUGACCAUCACAGUAACAGUUAUGAGACAAGAAGUGGGCCUUUUGAUUUUGGUACAAAAAGUGUUUGGCAGUGGGAAGCUGGGGUCAAAGAAAAUGCAGAGAAAAAGAAGGUAGAUUUCUCUAGCACAGGUAAGUUCUCACCUAUAAACUCUAAAUAUCCAAGCAGAAUGCCAACUGUUUCUACAAAUAAGGAAUUUACUGGAACAAAUAAGCUUUCCUUCCCACCCAGGCCUGCUCAGAGAAAAAGUGAAAUUGUAAAUUUUAGCAAAUUGAUGAGUAAUGGUUAUGGUGACUGGUUUCAGCAGUGUACUGGAUGAAAAAAGACUGAAGAAAUGUCAGAAAAUAGUGAGCACUCUGAAGGUAACAUUAUUGAAAGCUGCUUCUUCUAAAAUAAGCUGGACUCUCAAGGUAACAGCAGAGGGCAGCCUCAGUAUUUGUGCAGCUCUCUGAAUAAG